AUGGUAACAACAAGAAGCGGAAAGGAAACGGGAGAGAAUAAAGAGUUCAGGGACGUUGGGAAGCAAAGCCUGGUGGAUUGUAACUUGGAGCAGCUCGGCUCUUUCCAAGGGCCCCCAAAUUUCGUCGCUGAGGUGGAAAAUGUUAACGGAGGAAGUGGGACAAAGUUCACUAACUUGGAUAAAAAGUUCAAGGACAUUUACUUUGCGCAAAAGCACAUCCGUCCAACACACUAUAGUCUGCCCCGAAGCCAUCAGAGCCCUGAUUGGCACUCCGCCAAAAACUCGGCGGGAAUUAUGGUGGCGCAGGAUAUCGAACUGACGCCACCAUUUUAUCAAAAACUUACAUUUGAUGAUGGGAAUUUGUGCGCAAAUGUAUACGGCUGA